UCGGACUCCGACUGCGAUACCGGCAGCGCCAGUAUCAGCUGCACUCUCCCAGUUCCCUCUGCCAGCUCUGAACUAGGGUCUAUGCUGAAGCUCUCCGCUCUGACAGUGACUGACUCACCAUUCACCAACACCCCAACACCACCUACCCCGAACCCCAACGCCCGACCUAUAGCAAUACCUCCUCUACGCGUGCUCCUGCAGCCAAAAAGCAGCUACUACGGAUGGGGGUGCCUCUGCUACUGCCCUAACUUCCUUUCGGAACGCCGACCGCUGGCCGCCAGUCUUCUUGGCCCAUGACGCGCGUACACCAUCUCUCGUUUCUAACCCGUAGCACGAUGUUUCAGCUCGGAGCCGCCCUCUCGUUCUCUUAAGUCCCGCUCGACUCCCUGUCGACUGUAUACAGCUCCCAGUUGUUGGACAGCAGACAAGAAUGUCCCCCAGUACUUACCAGCAUCACGACGACUACAACACCAGCAGCGGCAGCAAAUUCAGUCGAGGGGAGCAGUAGCCAUCGGAACGGAAACGCACCUUUCAGUAGUAGGACAGACUCGCAGUCGCUAUUCCUCCGCUGCUAAUGGCGACAGACAAGUUGCGAACUGCUUGCAAAGCAGCUAAGUUGGACGUCGUGUAUGUGCGAAUGUGAGUUAAAAUGGCAGAGUGACUGAGUCUAUUGAACUCAGUGGCUUCCUGUUAAAGCAUUGAAAGUCACUAGAUAAGCAAGCCAAUACCGCAACGCUGCCAUCAAGGAGAACCAGCGGAAGAGUCUUUGAACUAUUUUUACAAUUAUUAACCGUCCAUGCUGUGCUACUAAGUCUGAUUUUACUGCGAUCGGCCGUAAAGUGAGUCCGAAAUGGCGAUCGUCCCAGAGAAGGUGCCGCUGACGGCAAACACAUCGGAGGAACAGUCCUUUGCAGGUGGAGUGCACUUAUAAGCUAUAUACCCCCGUGACGUGUCAAACUCGAUGUCAAUGCAUACAAUAGCGGACAGUUCAGUUUUGCCUUGAGAGCAUUGAAACGGUGGACGCGUUAAGUCAAGCGACGCCAGACUCAGGACGAAAGUCUAGCGCUCGUUUUGACGUUGAUUACACCGAGUGGCCUGUUUUUUUAGGCCAUUUGAAGCAAUUUUACUAGUCAAUCAACUAUGAGCUAGAGAAGCGUCUGCCUCAAGGUGUAUCCAUAAACAAACAAAGUAAUGGAAACCAUUCACUCUGUAUGCCCGUUGGGUUAUGUCAAAAUUUACUACAAGUAGAAUAGCAGUCACUCGCAACACGCGCCAAAAACGUCACCCUCCGAACGUCGAAUAGGCGACGUAAAGAAAUUCGUAUCUGAGCUUCCCGCGGCAAACUGUUAUAAAAAGCGGCAGCCGUAACAAUGGCAAUUCCUCAACUAUUACGAUGUGUUUAUGGUCGGUAACAGAACGCCGAAGGGCAAAAAUCGACGUGCAUUUAAAGCAAAGUGAUCCGAGAAUUGAUUGCCGCUUGCGAGACGGUCCUCAUCGGCCUGAUUCGGCAAGCCAUUCAUAGCGCCAACGAAACGAGUCAAAGGAGACGGUCGCUACGCAAGGCCAGCCUGACGGGCUCAUCGAAUCCUAUGCAGAAGGGACAUCAACAAAGACGGCUGUGGCGGUCGCUUAACAAUAAUCUCUGGCGCGUGGAUGCGUUUAUAUUGUAGCUUCUUACUUACUGUGAGGACAAUUAUCAAAAAGACAAGAGGAUUCGCAAGUUUGAUCGUGGCUUUUCUGCCCGUUGGGAGACCACGCGUAAGCGGAGGCCGUGUGGCCUUAGCGAGUUCAUCAUCACAGGCUGGACAUUGUGGUAGGAGACGAUUGACGACUAGGAUAACUGUGGAAGGUCGUGGAGAUUCAGUCGCUGCUGGAGAUGUGGUCUGUAGUGCAGCUGGGAGCGGCUGGAGAACCCGGCGCAAAGCACGCUGUUCCGACCAGCAGAAGCAAGCACGCCAUGUGUGUAGGACAAGAUGGGUUUUUCUAUAUGCUUGGAGGAAAGAGCGCCAAUCUGCCUAUGAAGGACCUGUGGCGAUUUGACCCUGUAAAAAAUCAAUGGGACGAAGUUGAAUCUCAAGGGGGCACAGCUCCCCCAUCACUUCAGGAACAUACCGUUGUGUCAUGGAAGAGUAAAUUAUAUGUUUUUGGAGGGGAAAUCGGCUUCGCUUCCACCGGCGAGACCCCGCUUUGGGUAUUCGAUAUAUGCUGCGUACAGUCGUACUACGUAAAAGUAACCGGUGUAUGGCGGAAGCAUGUAGUUCAAGGUCCCCAACCGUCUGGCCGUCGAGGUCACUCAACAGUGGUCUAUAAUGGAGCCAUGCAUCUCUAUGGAGGCUAUCAAGACCUUAAAGGAUCCUCGUCUGAACUCUGGAGUUUCCAUUUCGAUACCGAAACGUGGCAGCUAGUUUCGUCAAAAGUUAAAGGCUCUUGUGGGGAAGUGCCCCCAGGUCGGCAUAGCCACUCGGCAGUGGUUCACGAUGGAGCGAUGUGGGUGUACGGAGGCAUGACGGAUCUUCGUGAACGAUGCGAUUUUUGGAGAUAUGAUUUUGUUAACCAGCAUUGGAGCCGCGUGAAGAUGCUAAAAGGGGCCGGCCCAAAAGAAUUGCACAGUCACGCGGCUGUAUUUGCCAAUCAGUGCAUGUGGAUCUUCGGCGGAGAGAAAUCCGGAAAGCCCAGUAACGACCUUUGGCGUUACCAUUUUGCAACGGACACAUGGGACAAGAUUCAAGCAGAGGGAGUCCUCCCAAACCCCCGAUGUCGACAUGUGGCACUAGCGAAUCCGCAACUACAUAAGUGGGCCGAUAAGGUGUUAGACACGGCACCAGCUCCUGGUUCGAAAGUGGCCCGUCUACCACCUAAAUCUCAGUCGAUGAUGACUUUUGGAGAAAGGGGUCGCGGCGGCAGCUUUAAGGUUCACCCUAUGACGCGGCUCGGUCUGAUAAGCUGUUCAGCGGUACCAAAUGCGACUUCCGACGACGAAGAUGGAAACGACCAUUUUGAUGCCGUGAAAGCUUAUUUGACUGCUUACAACAACUCGAAUCAGGGCUCGAAAAGUCUCAAGCAACGCUUAUCGACCUCACGACUGGUACGCAGCAUCUCCUCUGGAAACUACCACAUCACAGCGAUGGGUCGACAACGGGAAGAGCUCGAACGCCUCCUUGAAGAGUCUCGACAUAACACUCCCCAACUGCCGCACAAACAUCACUCAAAACAUCAUAUUUGUGACUCAAAUGGAGUAUGCCGACACGAGAUAUCUAAAAGCCACAGCUCUGACGCCGUUCUCGAAUCGGAGAGUGAAAGCAACACCCCUGUGCAUAUGCGCAACGGCGGACACUUCCGCGGGGGCUUGACGAGUGAUCAGAAAACUAGGCCGUUCAGCGAAAUUAUCGCGCCUUCACAUCAGAUCGAAGUGUUCCAGCAACGCCAAGAGGCAUUACCUCUGCGACUUUCGCCACCGCCCGCUAAUUCGCGACCUUCACGACGAAUGCAUGCGUCAAAAAGUAUGAGUUUUGCGCAUCGCAAAGAUGACACCUUGGCCAUGGACAGACUACAGGAGGACAUUCUUCACCAAGCGGGAUUCUGUUCGACAGCCUCAUGUCAUUGUUCGCUACCAGCGGAGAACGGAGAAUUGAAAAAGACGGUUGAUGGGGGAGACUCGAAAUCAGCUCCUUUCCGGGUUCAGGGUCUUGCAGCCUUGUGUACAUACGAGGGUACAGAGAAUAGUGAUCCCGGUGAUCAGGGCGAAGCUGAUCUUCGUGGAUUUUCGAACACUGUCCAAACCACGCAGUACGGACCUUUGACGCACAUCUCAGACCUUGACUCAUCAGAUACGGACACCGGAGAAGGUGGGGACGGCGAAGCGCGUGGUAAUCGCCGUCGUGAAGACCUUCUCGUCGAACUUCGGAAGAACACCACACCACUGUCACGAAGCACCGCCAACGAACUGGAAAGAAUUCGUUUUUCAAGUCGCUUUACCUCGUUCUCAACACUUUCCGAAUUGAACAAUAUGGCCGUUAGUCAAGGCCGAUCUCGGAUGCCGCAUAGCGUAUCCCAUUGUUCUGGGUACUACUCGUUUGUUGAAGAUGAUCCAGACUUCCAGAGAGACAUUGCAGUCUUCUUGCAACCUAGCGGGCGGACCAGUCCUCCGAAGAACACUUUCGCUAGUUUGCUGCUCGGAAAUGAUCACCCUAAGGAGACACCCAUCGAUAAUGCUAAGGAUGGUCUCGAGUUGACAACAUUCUCGGCGCUGUCAAACGCAGCGGCACCGGCUAUCGCGGAGCUUAAAGAGCGCGCCAAGAGCUGGGAUCGCGCAUCAAAACGAGUUCUUCUCCGUGGGACUGGGCCGAAUGAAGGGUGUGGCAGUGCCGGGGCUGGGAGCGUAGGCGGUGGUACACUGAUUCGGGAGACCCGCCUCAGGGCUCUGCCCUCACGGGCUUUGGCAAUUCAUGCAAUUGCUGAAGAAUCUGUGCAUGGCUCGCCCAUUCGCAUCUCGUCCGAAUCGUGGAGUCUCCACAACGACGAUGAGGAGGUGGAGGCUGACAGUGACGCAAGUGACGCGUCGACCGAGACAGGAACUUCCUGCAGCAAUAGCCAGCAGGACCAGUGCGCCCCGCAAGUCCACAAGAAGCAUCAGUUACAGUUACAGCAGCAUAAACAUUCGCGAAACUCCUCCACGAAUCAACAGGCCGGUGGGGACGAAGGAUGUUAUCUGCCCGGGCCGAAGCGACAGCUGCAACACUCGAGACCUGAUGUACACAAUUGGCAGCUGUGUCUUUACGUUUUCGGCGGGCAGGAGGCGUCCACGCCGGGCAUGUAUCGUUCGCCCAUGACUGUAUGGCAGUUGUUCGUGUGAAACGAUAAAUGGGUCAGUCAGGUCAUAUCUAUGGGUGACUGAAUGGGUGAAUGUGCAAUUGAAUGUCUGCUCCUCCAGCCGAUGUAUCUGCAACGCGAAAUCUAGCACGGAUCUACUUUAAGUGGUAGUUAACUCGCCAAAAAACGAUCCGGCAAGGAUGUCGGAGCAAAAGGUAGACCAACGCUAGUCUGACUGCGCAGCCAUGAUAGCACAUGAGAAAGUGCAGCAACUGAGUGGAUAGAGAAAUGGGCGAAGCACACAAAAGAAACGUGCAGGAAAUUCCGAAUGAGUAGGUCAUUAUUGAUUUUGAGUGGCAUUAAACUGAGAAAAUAUAUUUACUAUUAUCCCAACGACUUAUUGCCAGGCCGAAUUCGGUAGCCCAACGGCGAUGACGCGUGUCGACCCGAUACGAGGAAGCGACACAAAAGGGUAACCGGAAAAUGUAACGACGGAAAAUGCCGUAUAGUACUAUAGAUUAGUCUUAUCAGUCCAAGAAAUGACCAUUUUGAAUGAACGAACCGUACCAUUUGUCUUAUAUCCCAUUUGGGUUUAUCAAGCCCUCUUUUUUCCUCUACAUUAUUCGCAAUCAAGGUCAAUGAUCAUCAUCGACAUGUACAGCCAGUAAAAGCAGGAGGAUAAGAGGAUUUUUAAUAACCUCGGCAUUCGUUGACACCGCACGAAUUUUCAAUAAGGGCCGCGAACGCUUCGGACAACUUUUCAUCAUAGGGGUAUCAAUAAAGAGAAGCUGAUUCAUUGAAUAGAAGGCAACCGCUUCGGCAAAAUAGCGCCUAACUUUAGGGAGCCUGAGGAAUGUUCUGAGUCGUUAACGUCUAUCAGUCAAAAACAGAAAGCUCUGCGCGGUCCGAGACGGGCUGGAAAAUUGCAAAAGAAGUGAUGAACAAGCUUGGUACGGUGCUACGAUAUAAAGAAGAACAAGUAAAGAUCAAGCCAUCUCCUCCGUGGGACAGAGCCGCUGUCGCGCUCAUACGUUCCCGCUAGAAAUUCAGUACGGGAAACGCUGCAGAAUGCGAUACUGAUUUGUGCUUCGAUCUCACAGAAGGUGCUUCUUUCAUGUAGAACGGAAAGGCUGGCAAAAUAACCUUAGAGCUAUUGUAAGCGCGACCAGAAGUAGGCCAGAACCAUUUUGGUCUGAGGUUCGCGGUCAGUGUUCAUUUUUCAAACCUAUACACAGGCAGUAUCAACUAUGCAGGAUAGAUGGCGGUCAGACGGUGUAUUUAGCGAGAGUGCUGUGGAUGAACUCAGAAGAGAGAUGGUCUUCAAGUCAAGCCAAGCUAUCUAAUCCCAGCUAGUUAAAGAGGCCAUCUCGAGUAUUAACGGAAGGUGAUUUGCUGUUGCCGCAAGGCCAAGGCCCGCAUAUAUGAUCUGAACGAUUCGCAGCGGUCGGCAAUGAUCUAAAGUGGAAUCUAUCUUCGAGCCAUUGCAAUGUGUAAGCUUCGAUCUAAGUAGAUAUAUCAAGCUGAAAACGACAUGUUGUUUUUAAAAAUGAUCCACAAGUAGUGCCAACUUUUUCCGAAGCUUGAAAAUGCGCAUAGAUCUUCGGUACUCCUCCUUAGGACGGACCCUAUCUAGCCAACUCGCACUGUUUUAUUUGUAUGCAUCGAAGCAGAUGUAGUUUAGAAGCGCACUUCUCAAGAAGUGCCCAGGUCUAGCUGACGCCUGCUUUGGCAUCCCAACCAACCCAGCAGUCAUUCUAUGCCAUUAUUAUUACUAUUCAUUAAUGCUAUUUUUAUUACAUUAUCGGCCACUAUUCAGUGCACGCAGUGCAAAUAUUUGCGGCCGGUAACGUUCGUGCCAAUUGCAGAGACCGCUUGGGUUGCCAAAUAGUAACCCAGUAACAAAAAAAGAUAGAGAUAAACCGAUCAUGACAUACUGCAAGGAAUGUAUAUUGGGUCAUUUUCGGACCAGUUGAUUAUGACCAUGGUCUCAGGUACUAUGCGCACUUGCUCAUUAUGAGGACGGAUAUCGCCACCAGAAACAGCUUUUAUCGUUUGCAAAAAAGGCCCGCCCGUACCCACUGUGCAGUUGUUAAUUAGAAGAGGGGGCAUCACAACGCACCCCACAUCAAUACAGAACGAUGACAGGCGCAUAGAAAUACUAUAUUAACAACCUCAGUGAAUCAUAUGGAUAAAAUCAUCAAAAAAACGAGACCGGGUGAGAAGUUUCGUUAUACGAACUAUACGUGUAUCAUAGGAGGACAUGAUCCCGUCGGCAGAUACCAUCGCCAGCCUCGCUGCAGGAUAAUGCAAUAGAUAACACGGGCAAUGCUUUAGAACAAACUAAAUUUCAAUAUGGCUAUUCAUAUUAGUAAUAUGGUCACUGAUAACUAUUCUCUGGAACGGGAGGUAACUGUGAUUUUCUUGUCCAUGUCCUACCUGAAAAGAUAGUUACACAAAUAGUUUGUCUAGGCAGGUUUAAAAUUAAAUUUAAUAGCUUUUUUCAAUCGGCAUAGGCUAUAAGACGAACGGACUAAAACGGGUGGAGUAUCAAAAAAAAAACACCUCAAUCCAGACUUGUAAUUACUAAUUAGUUACAGUUUCCGUUGGGCUUAUGGCCUGACGACGAUCUGACCCAUCUCCUCGCCAGGGCAGGGUCCGACUGUCAAUGUGAAGUUAUUACGCCUCAGUCGAAGCAACUAUGGAGAGUAUUUACAAAAACGCUGAACAUCGCUUUCUGACGGUUGAGCCAUCUGCUUAUUUUUUCUGUCUAGAGAAUAGCAAUCACCUUGCCUGUUAUCUACAUUUAUUACUACUAGUAUAUACUAUGGCAGUGCCGGCAACACCAGAGCAGAUGGCGAUGUCUUGCAAAAACUGUAUAUUGUCUGUGUUUCAAUAAAGAAGACAGAGAGUUACGUGAUGAGUCUCGGAACGGUAUGAGUAAGCCGUGGACUGCCAUUAUUUAAUAUAUAUAUAUAUAUAUAUAUAUAGAUGGGGAAGAACGUUUUAUAAAAAGUGAAUA